AUCCCGUGGGCGGUGGUGUAAAGGAUUACAGAGGCACAUAAUCGGUUCAGGGACUGAACCCUCUAGUUCGUUUAGCUAAGCAAAUAACAAUCUUUCGACGCUAGUUACACAAUUAUUAAUGUUAUAGUUUGUGUACCGUGUAAAUCUUGGCGGUGAAGGCCACGCCCACACCAAGUUAUUCCCAUAAACUAAGCAACUGGUGGUCAAGGCCGCAACAGGUGGCAGAGAUCAGCCCGUUUGUGGCAAUAUUCUGACGUUGAUCAGUGUUUGUGGUAAUAGAUUGAUAUAUGGGUCAGAUUCCAUUAAGACUACAAUGCAAGCCCUACAAAGCAGUGAAGACACAAUAACCAUAACAUCAGAGCUACGAUUCCUCCCAGCUUGGGCGAGGUCAGAGCUGGCACACAUCCUGGAGGUCACACACGGGUGGCGGGAGGUGAUGGGUCGUGUGCCCAGCAGUCCCUGGAUGCCAGGUGACCCCAUCCCGCAGGACCUCCACUAUCCCAGGAAAUAUUCUUCAGAUGAUAUCCUCCUAAUAUCAGAGGAAUGUGCAAGAGAUCGUCGUGAAGGCUUUGAAGCGCUCCUGGAGGAAUGGGGCACAAGUGGAAGGCGCCGCCCAACUGUACAUGACCUCCUAGAGCUACUGCGCCUGGCUAAACUCUACCGUGCUUUAGACUACCUCACUGUUAAUGUUCUUCAUGGAGAAGCCCUACCUAGGGAAGGAGAUAAUGAUCCCAUUGAUGAUUUGGACAAGGCACUAGAAGAGGGACUGAGGGUUCAUCAAACUUUUAUUCAUGAGAUAAGUUCCUGUGAAGAGGUCAGAGAUAAUGCAAGUGUUUAUAAUGAGAAACUGAACAGUAAUGAUUUGGUGCAUGCUACAGCACCACCUGUUGAAGAUGAGGUGGUCAGCCCUCCAACUACCUUCACCUUUCAACACCCACAAACACAAUUACCACCUCUUGAUGCCCAAGCUUUACAGGAUUUGAAAAUUUCAGGUUUUACACAUUUCAAUUAUUCAUUAAUGAAGGAAAUGACUAAUACCUUCUCUGAUGUGCCUGUGGAUUUAGGAGGUUGUAAAUUAGGUGAGGGAGCAUUUGGCAUUGUAUAUAUGGCCAAAAUAUUUCAGGGAGGUCGUGAGAAAAAGGUUGCCGUGAAGAGACUCAACUCGGGAGAGAUCAAGGUUAAGGAGCAAUUUAAAACAGAAAUUGAAGUUCUCUCAAGGUGCAUUCAUGAGAAUUUGCUGGCACUUGAGGGCUUUUCCUGCGAUGGUCCAGACUGGUGCCUUGUGUAUGCUUACAUGCCCAAUGGCAGUCUUCAAGACCGUUUAGCAUGUGCAGGUGGAAGUGAACCUCUAGAUUGGAGAAUUCGUGUAAAUAUAGGUGAAGGAGCAGCACGGGGAAUCGUCCAUCUCCACACCUACCAGCAUCGACCACUUGUUCAUCGUGACAUAAAGAGUGCCAAUAUUUUGCUGGACAGUAAUUUCACUCCUAAGGUUGGGGACUUUGGCCUUGUACACCUUGGAGGUAGUGGAACUCACACAAGGACAUUGAUCAAGACAUCUACUGUGUUUGGUACAUCUGCAUACAUGGCCCCUGAAGCAUUUAGAGGGGAUAUUUCUGUUAAAAUGGAUACAUUUAGCUUUGGAAUUGUUCUCCUAGAGAUGCUGACUGGCCUACCAUCCUAUGAUGAAGAACGGGAGGGUUGUGACUUGUUGUCUUAUGUUCAAGAGAGUGAAGCAGAGGUGGAAGAGCUCCUGGACGCAAAGGCUGGUGCCUGGGACAUGGAUAUUGCCUCUCACCUCUUUACUUUGGCUGGGCUCUGCACUGAGGCUAAGAAGAAAAGGCCAACAAUGGUCCAAGCUCUCUAUAAUUAUUCCCAUAUCAUAAAUCACUAGAUAAAAAUUAGAGUGCAUUGGGAGGACAUGAACAUUCAAUGUGGGGCUAUCCUUAGAAUAUGACAAUCUCAACAGAGGGUGACGAUAAUGGAUGAAAAAUUUUAGCAUAAAGAUUUCUUAAACAGAAACCCAGAGAUGUAGAAAUGUCGAUAGAUCCCAAAGGGUCUUUAUUAUAUAAUAAAAGUAAAUUUGAUUUGUUUUAAUUGUAAAGAUUCUUUUUAACCUUCAGAAUGUAGCUAUUAUAAACACUGCCACCUGUUUGUAAGCAAUAAAUUUUGAUAAUUAUUUUAC